CCUGCCUACUUCCGCUGGAUGGAAGCUUUCGUGUCGCAGAUUCGACAGAAAUUUCACUCCACGCAAAAUGAAAUUUAGGGUCUAAGUCUCUAUCCAGUGAUUAUAAGCAGCUAUAUUUUGGUCCAUGAAGAUAACGUAAUUAGUGGCGUGGUGCUGUUUUCAGGGCACGAGGAAUGGACGGGCAGAAAGCAGCCGGCACAAUGUUUAUGUGUCGGCUGUGCAACCUCUUCUCUCCCAGUCGCUCUCAGCUGCUGACCCAUUGCUCCCAGCUUCACCCACAGCAGGAGCCUCCUGAUGACAUCAUCGUUGCACUGCAGCCCCUUCCAGCAGAGACUGUGGAAACGCUGACAGAGAGCCCAGUGAAGCGAAAACGAGGACGACCAAAAGGCUCCACCAAGAAGAAACAAUCUGACUGGACAGAGGACAAGACCUGCUCCACCCUUUCUCCAGAGGAGAAAGAUAAGGAGGAAGAGAAGAAGAAGGAGGACAGAGACAGUCAAGGUGACAGCCAUGAUGGGAUGUUGGGCUUGGAAUGUCGGAAAUGUCAUCGCUCGUUCAGCAACAGACGACAGAUCCUCAAACACAUCUGUCUGAAGGAAGAGGAUGGGGAGGAGGAAGAAGAAAAUGAGAGUAUUUCUGGUGGAGCAGGAGCUGGGGGCUCUGAGAGUUUGGACCCCGAUGGAGGAGCUGCUCCAAACCGAGCUGGCCAAAACUCAGCCAGAGUGGGACUGAUGCGAGCAAAAACAGUGGACAGCUUCAAAGCCCAGAGAGCAAAUAGAAGAAAUCAGAUGCAAUGUGAUGACCGCAACACCGCCUCCAAAGAACAAAACAGGAAGGCAGUGGUCAGCAUUGUUCUGACAGAACAUGAAAUACUUCCAGGUGCAACUAAGAUGGUUCCAGUAGAGGCCAGUCCAGCAGAAGCUGCAGCCAAACAAGCUCAACCUCAGGACUUGGCAGCUUCCCAGACUCAGACACAAGACUCUGACAGCCAAGCCACCACUUGUCAGAAGAAUGCUGACCAAGACACUGAGCCAAGUCCAAACCCUGCCUCCCAGCCAGCAGCAGCCAGCAGAGGCUUCCAGGAAUACGCCAUCAAGCAAAACUCUACCAGUCUAAUUCAGAGCCAGUUGAAGAUCUUUACCUGUGAGUUUUGCAAUAAGAUCUUUAAGUUCAGACACUCGCUGAUCGCCCACCUGAGGACACACACCCAGGAGAAACCAUUCCACUGUCCACACUGCGACUACGCAUCAGCCAUCAAAGCCAACCUGGACGUUCACCUGAGGAAGCACACAGGAGUGCGAUUCAGCUGUCAGUACUGCUCUUUUACCUGCCUCAGCCGCGGACACCUUAAGGUCCAUAUAGAGCGAGUCCAUAUGAAGGUGAAGCAGCAUUGUGGAUUCUGUAAGAAAAAAUACUCAGAUGUGAAGAACUUGCUGAAACACAUGGAGCAACGGCAUAACCUGAAAGACCCCGCUGUACAAGAGAGCUACCAACAACUCAGGUUAAAGACUCGGCAGGGCCAGCGACAGCUCCUGUACCACUGUCCCACCUGUAACCGUCGCUUUAAGAACCAGCUGGAGCGAGAGCGCCACCUGCUGGUCCACGGCCCUCAGCGCCCUUUUGCCUGCCUGCUCUGUGACCAUGCCUCGACCAAGAUGUCCGCUCUUGCCUCCCACGUCAGGAAACACCUCUUCCUGUAUGUCUGCUGUAGCUGCAGAGGAACGUUUGUCAGCUCUCAGAGACUCAAGAGUCACCUCAAAGAGUCUCACCCCGACUUGGACCAAGAACAGGCCUUCACUGACUGUAUCAACAACAGCUACUACCUGAUGCAGCCUGGAGGAGAAGGGUGGAGGGAGGGACAGGAGGAGGGGAUGGAGGAGGAGGAUAGGAGAGAAGAUGAGGGCCAAGAUGAGCAGAUGAAAGAGGACAAUAGAAGGACUGGUGUAGGAGGAGAGGAGCGGAUAGAUGAGGAGGGUGAGAGGCUGAAAGUAGGAGGAGAGGAAGAGAGAAAACAAGAAGACAAGGAUCAAACUCAAUCUCAAGAUGAGUGUGCAGAGGAAGAGCAGAGGAUAGACCGAGAGACAGGGAAAGAGGGAGAGGGAGAAAAUGGGUGUUCAGAGACUGGCAUUCACAGAACAGUUCAGGAUGAGGUUUCCAUAGAAACCACCACUCCCAUCACACAUACACUUGUGUCAUCAGACAGUACAGCAGCACCUCUGGUGGAAGAAAGUCCAACUUCACAUUCAAACACGAGUGCCUUCCAGCAGGUGGUGUCAUCUCUUCAGAAGACUCAGCUCAACAUGGAGACUUUUCAGCGACUCAGGAAGGUCUAUGGAGAGAUGGAGUGUCAGUACUGUGGUAAACUGUUCUGGUACAGAGUCCACUACAACCUUCAUGUGCGCACACACACCAAGGAGCACAUGUAUUACUGCUCACAGUGCAGCUACUCUUCCAUCACCAAAAGCUGUUUAAAACGGCAUCUGAUCCAGAAGCACAGUGGCAUUCUGCUGCCUUGCCCUAAUCCCGGCUGUAAAUACACCACGCCUGAUAAAUACAAGCUACAAGCCCAUCUAAGGACGCACCAGGAACAGGGGGAGAGCGUAUCCUGUCCUGUCUGUCAACAGAGCUUCCCAGAGCGCAGACUGAAGAAACACAUCAAAACAUCCCACCCUGACUCUGUUUCCAUGCAGGGUAAAGGGCUGAUGGUGAAGCGUGCAGAGAAGUGCCCAUACUGCGAUUCUUACUUCCUUAAGAACAGCAGUGACCUUCAGCAACACAUCUGGGCCCAUCAAGGUUUGAAGCCGUACCGCUGCAGUGAGUGUGACUACGCGGGCCGCAGUAAAAGUAACUUGAAGACUCAUAUGAACCGGCACAGCACAGAGAGAAGUCACCUGUGUGACCUGUGUGGAAAAAAGUUCAAAUCUCAAGCUACGCUGAAAAGCCACAGACUCAGCCACUCUGCCGAAGGGAAACAGUUUCACUGUUCAGAGUGCGACUACACGUGUGUCUCUAAACCUGCCUUGCUCAGACACAUGGAGCAGCAUGCUGAGUUCAAGCCAUUCCGUUGUGCCCACUGCCAUUACUCCUGUAACAUCGCUGGUCCCCUGAAGCGACACUACAGCAAGAAACACCCAGAUCAGGAAUACCAGAACGCCGGACCUGGACUGCCCAACCCAGACGCUCUGGAGCAGCAAGGCGGUAUGAAGUGUCCUCUAUGUGAGUUUGUUUAUGGCACUAAGUGGGAGCUGAACCGCCACCUGAAGAAGAAACACAACCUGACACUGGUGGUAGGACACACACACACUGAAAACUCACAGAUGGUGGGGACAGUAGAGGAUGAGUUUGUGCCACUGGGGGAAGAAGAACAGCAGACGGAGGCGGCUGAAGCAGCCCUGCAGGACAGCAGCAACGGGGAGGUUAAUAUUCUCCAGCAGAUAAUCGAAGUCAGCUCAGAGGGACAUGACGCUGUCGCCUCCAUGGUGGCUAUGGCUCCAGGCACGGUUACUGUGGUAGAACAGGUGGCUGAUGAGCAGGAGGCUGGUAACCGCAGUGACCAGGUGAUGGUGGUGGAUGGGGAAGAGGCUCAUGAUGGUGACCAGGUGAUGGUGGUGGAGGAGGCAGACGGCCUGGAGGCUUUGACGGUCUUCACUCAGGGAGAGAACGCUCACCACUACAUUGUCUAUGUUCAGGAACAGACCGUAGAAAUCAACUAGUAUGGCUCUUCUUCACCAUCACACCGUUGAUCAGUUAAUGCUGUCAGAAGAAAACAGAUUUUUCUUCAAGCCACAUUUGUCAGGUACAGAGCCAUCAGUGGAGUUUGAGUCUGCAGCAGAGAAAUAGCUAACUUAGAGAAGCCAUUUGCAGGGGAGGUUUUCAAGAACAGUAUGCUGAACAUUAACAGCUCCAAGAAAAGACAAAUGUGAAGAUGCAAGUCUUAACUGAAACCCCGUGCCAAGCGGAAAUGUAUCAGGUUUUGUCCUGUGGAACAGGUUAUAUAUGACCAACAUAACCAAAAUCCAUUAUUUUCCUGAACUAAAUGACAUGCAGACUGCACAGCCAGUAAUGUGUCAUGUUUAGUUCAUGUCACGUGGCCUUUACGAUAUACUGGUGUGUUAUGGGACAUUUAAGUAGACGGUCAGUGAUCAUUUAUGUGUUUUGUUUAAUCAAGCAACACAGUCCUUGUGUUGAUUUCAUUGCUGUGUGGCUCUCCUUUAGACUGAGUUUGACACUUCUAAACAAAUGGCAAAGCGCUGUGCUUUUAUUUUAAUGUGAUAAUUAUGGUAAGCUGUGAUCUUGCAGCUGGGGGCUAAAGGUUAGUUCCAAAAUGGUAAACAUAGAGUCCUAUAAAUGUUCCUGUGUGUGUGAAAUCAUAACUGCUUUAUACAGUUACAGAUUGUCGACUGGCAAUGUGAGGAACAUGCAUAUGACAUAAGAUGAAAGAUUUAUUUGUAUGUAGACUAGAGUCCUGUAUUACAGUCUGGAUGCUCUCUGUCUUCUAGGAAUAAUAAUGUUCAAAGCAAUAGUUAAAAUUAAAUAAAGACUGGGCUCUGUAUGAGAUGGUGAGCACGGCCUCCAGAGACUUCUGUCCCCAAAGCCUUAAGCUCUGGUUUGGUGAAGGACGAAGCGGAAAUGAGCAUAUCAUGGGUGCUAAAAAUGUCAACUAAGAUAGACUUAACAAUAAGCACAUAGAGAGAAAAAUAGUUUACUUUUCAAUAUUAAGACUCUCCAUCUCCAUUUUAUAGUUAGACUUCAACCAUUAGGUGAUUAUGAAAAAAAUAUGUGCAAUAUUAGUUUUGUUGCAGUAUUUGUGUAUUUACAGUUUUGUAAUAUAAACUAUUUUUUAAAUAAAACACCUGU